GCCUAGUACAUCCUUUUGCUCGACUCCUGCAGCGUCAGCGUCCCCUGCAGCCCCCCCGUUUUCGACUGCCUUUGGGCAAUCCCCGAUCCCACCGUCCGCCGCUGGAGGCGACACCGACAAACAACGACUCGACAUCUCUCGGCCUGACCAAGCGCGCCGCCAUAAAAAGCUACGGGGAGAGUCAUUAUGGCUGAACAGGCGAACGCGGCUCUGCAAGCCGAGAAUGCGCCUGCGGCUAAGCAUUACUGGGGCAAAGCCCAGAAGUGUCGCAAGGCCCUGCUCAGGGAAUUGGAAAGCCUUCGUGAGGACAAGAAUGUUAGUGGUCUUGGGCGCUACGAACAGCUGGAAAAGUUCAUCGCCGAAUUCCGCCUCGGCUGUGUCCAGACCAUCUUCCUCAACUACGAGUAUUCUGUCAAAGAAGGCGUAGAAGAUACUUUGUGGCAGGCGCACAGCCUCGUCCACGCAGAGUACCGAAACACUCUCGAACGUGUCCGAAGUAUCCCCCAACUCGCCGUCUUCAAGAAUAAGCUGGAGAAGUCGUACCUGGACUUCCUCAAGGUCUCGCAACGCUUCUAUGAAGGGUUUGUCCAACGUCUGGCGACCAUUUACGAUGUCCCGGAGCUUCGCCUGGCGUCGAAAAGUAUCGACUCGAGAGAACUAGCAGAGAAGAACCCUGUCCGAGAUGUCUCCGAGUCCACCCGCCAGUCCCUUGUUCUCUCCUGCUCCAUGACGCUCAUCCAUAUUGGCGACCUUCUCCGAUAUCGCUGCCAGGCGCGGCAUCACAAGAAGCGCAGCUAUCGGUCUGCCCUGACGUAUUACAGUCUCUCGCACGACCUGAACCCUGGUUCGGGCCACGCCCACCACCAGAUGGCGAUUGUGUACCUGGACGAGAAGAAGCAUUUCGAAAUCGUCUACCAUUUCUUCAUGUCCCUGGCCGUUGCGCAACCUCACCCGAGAGCACUACGGAACCUCGAGUCUGAGCUUAAGUCGCUCCUUGCCGCUUCUGGCGCAUCGACCUCGACGUCUCGCCGCUCAGGGCCGCCGAACAUCCACGAACCGUUUAUGAAUUGGUUCGUCCGGCUUCAUGCUUUUUUCCAUCAAGGGGAGAAGUUUUCGCAGCAAGGGGAGCUCGAAAACGAGGUCCUUCACCGACUGGACAUGUCCGUCAGAGCGCCAGAUACGACAGCCAUGCUUAUGAAGAUGGUGUUGGUCAAUAUAGCUGCCUAUUACGUGGCUAAGAGCAGGCUCAGUGGAACGGGCCCUGCUGCUAAGUACACUGCCAUGCUCCUUCGAUUCAACGUUCUCUUCUUCAGGACGCUGGCACGCGCCCUUUUGAACGAAUUAAAAACCCUCCAAGAACAGCGCGUGGAGUGGGACGAGACCAAUAAAAACGACGACACCUCGGUUGCGACCGAGGGACGUCCGAACUCAACUCCUGCCCAGCUUAGGCUUCUCCCUCUUGUUCGCCUUUACGCUUCUUGGCUUGUCGGUCACAGGUCGGAUGUCGGUGCUGCGGCAGCAGAAGACACCAAGCUUGUCGUGCAAGAGCAGGGUAAAACAUUUGCCGCAUGCCUCACGUUGCUCGUCGAGGCCUAUGCUUCCGAGGCCCUUAAGAUCGCGCCUUACCUGUUACCUGAAGACCAUAUGGCACUCGGUUUACUGCCUCUGAACUCGCCUGCACUUCCAGACUCAUGUCGACUCUCGUACGAUCAGGAAAAAGGAAGGGAGAAACCCGUUUGCGACCUCUACACCGAUAAGCGCUCUGAGGGCUUUGCGGAUUCCGUCGCCCGAGUAUUAGAUAUCAUGCACUGCGGGUAUUUCUUGAGCGGAGACCCGACGUUGCCCUUCGCUCUGGAUGAAUCCAACUUGGAGUUCACUUACCAGACGGAAUCUCCGGUACCUCAGCUUGUAACGACCCCAAGGUUGGAGAACACUAACCUAAACCAUACACCCAAGGCUCAGGCGGCCCGGCCGGGGACUCGCGACGAACACCGCAGUCCCAGAGCUGGCCGCGCUGGUGGCCCUCACACUGUUCCUGCCGCUCACGAGGACCUCGUUUCCGGUGGAGAAACCGCCCACGAGGCAGCGCUCUCCCCGAACAGGAGCCUUAGGUCUUCAUCCACGGGUCCCGUAGCUCAGGGCUUUGAUUCUCUCCCAUCGGGAGAAGCCCUGCCUCGGACCACCGUAUCUCAGGACGGGAUGGACUACGACUUUACGGAGAACACCGCGGUCAUGAACAUGGUUCACGAAUUUCUUACCCCACCAGUGGCGCGUUCGAACCAGCCCCAAGGACGGUCGGCUCAAGGCCGCGAGGAUACCUCAUACGGCAUGCAUUCCACCACUGCCAACGAAGUCUUCGGUACCUUGCCGGCUAGGAAUACACCGACGCUGGGAUCCCCCAGUGCGUUCCCCGGUUUGCCCUGGGGAAUGGUGUACACACCUACUCCCAACCGCUCAAUGGCAGAGCGCUCUCCGUCUACAAGUUCGGCCUACAUGGCUGCGGCUGCCCAGAAUGCUUCCAGGGUGAACGCCGCCUCUUCUGAUGUGUCAAAUCGGCAAGGUCCGGCAGCUCCCUUCUUUCCGGCUCCUUCGAGCACCUCUCAGCAGUAUCCCCAGUAUACGACCGCGUACUCUGCCGACGACCUUUUGGAUGCCCACCGGGCGCAGCUUCUCCAGGCGUUCGGUGGCAGAGCGUCUAGAUCCCGUCCGACUAGCCGGGACUAUUCGGCCUCUGGCCACGACCCCGGCCGUUCAUCCCAGGCCGCACCGGCCACAGGAAAUCAGGAGGAGCUUGCUCCACGGCAUGUUCUUCCCGAGAGCGGCUACCUCGCUUCCUCCACUACUUCGGCCUUUUCGCACCCCAGUAGCCUUUUCCAAGGCACCCCUUAUGACGGACAAGUGAAUCCGUACGGGGUACCCAUGCACAACGCCUAUCAAGGCGCCGAGUACCCUUCGCGCGGCGAUGCUCUUGCCUAUGACGCGACGUCCACCAACGGGGGUUACGUGAACAGCUACGGCGGCCAGGUUCUUCCCCAGGCGUCCAGAGACGAUAAUCUCCAGAGGCAGCGGACCAUGCAUAGCAUUCCGUAGGACUAGCAGGGUUGCAUUGAAUUUGCUGCGCUACCCUGUCCCUAUAUUGGCUCGGAGCUGUGUAUCAUGCCUUG